AUGUCUGAAACUGAUAAUUUGGAGUCCCUGAGCAACGCAGAUUUGCGAAAACAGUGUUUGGAACAUGGUUUACCAAACGUACCUAUUACAGAUUCCAGUCGAAAAGUUCUUAUAAAGAAAUUGCGCGCUUCAUUAUCCGGCUCACCGGCUUCACAAACAAAGAAAACUCCACGUCGUGAAACUAUUCACGUUUCAAAAGCACCAGAGCCAAUAGAAACUAAAGAAGUGGCAGUUGAACCUGAGCGACGUACGCCAAGUAGGGGAGCAAAUAGACGUACAAUCGCUGGUACACCAACAUUUGAGUUGCAGAGAAAAAGUGAAAAUCAAGUGGCAGAAAACCUUGCGCCGGCUCCUAUUGGUGCACGUCGUCGUUCAACACGCGAUUAUGAAAUCCCACCAUCGCAAAAGGAACAAAAAUCAACCAAAAUCUAUAAUCCAGUAGUAAUACUUGAAAGUGAUGAAGAGGAUAAAGAUUUACUAUUGGCCGCUGAGCAAGUAGAACAAAAAACAAAAUCAUCAGUACCUCAGGAAGAAGUUAAUGUGCGUUCGCGUUCAUCACGUUCCGUGUCUUUGUCGAAAACAAGUGUAGUUACCACGGCAUAUAGUCAACCAACAGUUCAGCCAAUAGCUGAGGUACCACAGAUACCAAUACGAAAGGCAGUGACUGAAAAUGUAACACACGAAAUUUACAAGCCACAAAUAAGUGCGAACAUCGGCCGUUAUAGCAUGCAAUCCAACUUGAUGCAAACUAACAUUGGAUAUGGAGUAAAUAAAGAAAGAGAUAUACCAAAUACACUACAUUCACGUUACAGCACAAACACACUAAGUAGUGGUUUAUACACCUCGAAAGCUGCACCUCUGUACAAUGAACAAAGUGAUGAUAAUGAGGAAGCAGAGCAAGACUACGAAACACCAUUUUUAAGCAGUUUUGCGCGCAACUUGGAACGUAUCAAAACUGAUGCAGUGGUUUUAAAUAAACCUAGCGCUCUUGGUAACACCGAUAUAGGAAGGGAUUAUGCCUCACCACGACCAAUGCAACAUACAAGGCGUUAUGAAAUCACCGGACGUCGUCCGGCUAAGGUGUCGGUAACCGAGUCAUUCCGUCAGUUAUUGAUCGCGCUGGAUCACAAGUAUAAUUUGAGACUUUACUUUGGUCUUAUAACAAUAUUUCUAAUAAUGGCUUUUAUAUUCGUUAUGGUGUAUCAGUAAAAUGUAUGUCAACUUAUAUGUUCGAAAAUAUUUAUGUAAACGCAUUUUAAGUUAAUUUUCUGUUCUAAUUUACGUUGUAACUCGAAAACUUUGUAUUUUUUUAAAGUCUCAUAGUAAAUGUUUGUAUGUAAUGUGGUUUUAAAUGUGUAAACUUUUGACAAUCAGAUUAAAGAAGUAAAAUAUGUUCAUGUAAAAAGCAAAAAUAAA